AUGACGACGAGAGGGAGCAGAUCGGAGAAGGUGAGAAGAAUUUUCCAACAAUUUGAUUUUAACAGAGAUGGUGGUCUCAACAGAGAAGAGAUGUCUGCCCUUGUUGUCGCUGUAAACCCUAGGGUGAAAUUCAGUGACGAACAAAUCAGCGCUAUCCUCGACGAGGUUUUCCGAACGUACGGCGACUUUAUUGACGGCGAAAAGGGCCUGACUUACGACGGUUUGUUGCGUACGUACGACGACGGCGCCGGUGACGUCGACCGUGAUUUUGAGGCACUUGCGCUUGAAAUGAAAACGGAUGACGAUAAUGAAGCCGCGUCCUCUUUAGCUUUAGAAGAAGCUUCCACUUCAUCGGUGCUGGAAAGGGCUUCGUCUGCCGGACCACAAAAGUCACACCGGACGGCAGCCUGGGCGGCGUCGCCGAACCACGGAAUUAUCUUUGACGACACAUGGAAGCUCGUUGACGAUUUGGAAAUUCUGAUCAAGAGGUUAAAGUCGAAGCAAACCAAAGACGGAAAACCAAAAGGGGAAAAUUUCGAUGUUUAUUCCGAUCCAGGGUGGUCGAGAGAGUUAGGACCAUCUUCUGAAAUUGAUAAACGCAUCAUUUGGGAAGAAAGCGGCCAUGAUUAUGGGGUUUUCGUGAAAGAAUUAGGAGCAUUGAGGUCAAGAGCAGAUGGGUCAAGAUCAAGAGAAGAAGCAUUCGAUGGGCAUAUGGCUCUUGGUAGAGUUUUAUACGAUCAACAAUUAUUCAAAGAAUCAUUAGUCUGUUUCAAACGAGCCUGCGAAUUACAGCCCACCGACGUCCGACCACAUUUCCGGGCUGGAAACUGCUACUACGUCAUCGGCCAACAUAGCGAAGCCAAAAGCGAGUUCAUUUCCGCCCUAGACGCCGCCGAAGCCGGAGGUAACCAAUGGAGUUAUCUUCUUCCUCAAAUCCAUGUAAAUCUCGGAAUUUCUCUCGAAGGCGAAGGUAUGGUUAUAAGUGCUUGCGAACAUUACAGAGAAGCCGCAAUUCUUUGCCCCACUCAUUUUCGCGCAUUAAAGCUUCUGGGUAGCGCUUUAUUCGGGGUUGGAGAAUAUAAAGCUGCCAUUAAAGCUCUAGAAGAAGCUAUCUACAUGAAAAACGAUUACGCUGACGCUCACUGUGAUUUAGCUUCAGCUUUACACGCCAUUGGAGACGAUGAAAACGCCAUUAAAGAGUUUCAGAAAGCUAUCGAUUUGAAACCAGGUCAUGUGGAUGCUUUAUAUAAUCUUGGUGGUCUUUAUAUGGAUAUGGGGAGAUACCAACGAGCUUCAGAGGUGUACACAAGGGUUCUCGGAGUCUGGCCAAACCAUUGGAGAGCUCAGCUCAAUAAAGCAGUGUCAUUAUUAGGCGCAGGUGAAACCGAAGAAGCUAAAAGGGCUUUGAAGGAAGCUUUAAAAAUGACAAACAGAAUCGAACUGUAUGACGCCAUUUCUCACAUGAAGCAGCUUCAGAAGAAGAAACUGAAAGGAAACGGAAACGGAAACGGGAAUGGAAACGAUGAUUCCUUCGUUGUAGUGGAACCAUCGAAAUUCAAAACCAUAAGUGAAAGAACCACAUUAAGACAUGAUCUCGCUACUGCUCUCGAUAUCCGAUCUUUCCAAAGAACCACAAGAUUAAUCCGAUGUGAUGUCGAUCUUCUCAAAAAGGAAAUGAACGAAAACGAAACUCCAUUGACAUAUUCCGGAACCGGAUUACCUGAAAAAUCAAUCCGGAAGGCGGCUUUAGAAAGUGUUCUUCGAAGAUUACUUGGUUUCUUAAAACCGGAAACAUUCGUAGGCUCCGUGAAAGAAAUCAACCUCAAAAUCCUCACUGUUUUAGAUGAAUCGGAAUCCGGAAGGGUGGAUUUAGGUAUGUUUUUUGCUAUUCUAGCUCCAAUUUGUGGUGGUUCCCCUGAAAAACGAAAAAGAGUGGCGUUUGAUUCUCUUCUUUGGCGACCAAUAAACGAACAACAACAAGGGGCAACAAAAGGUCAAAUCAAAAGAGUCGAUGCUUUACAUUACAUAAAGUUAUUGCGAUUAGUUUACAUUCCAUCUCAAGGAACAAGCGAAUUGCUUGAAAUCCAUGGAGGAACCGAUGAUUCCAUGGUUUCAUUUACAGAGUUCGUCGCCAUGUUUGAUGAUUCCGAUUGGGGUUUUGGAAUCCUAUCGACUUUAUUAAAGCUUGAAAUUUCUGAUCGGAAUCGGCAUGGGAAACAAUCGUGUAGUGUUUGUAGGUAUCCGAUUAUUGGGUCGAGAUUCAAGGAGAUGAAAUCGGGGUUUAGUCUCUGUGGUCAAUGCUACAGUGAAGGUAAAGUGCCGAUGAGUUAUAAACUCGAUGAAUAUCGAUUUAAAGAAUAUGUGAAAGAAAGUGAUGCGAUGAAGGAUAAGUGUAUGUGGUUUAGUUUGCAAAAGAGCUCAUCGGGAGGUGCUACUACUAAUUUGUAG